AUUUCCCCCUCCCACCCCCCUCCCUCCCCAUCUCCUCCUUGUGCUGCCUCCUCUCUCCAUUUCCUUUUUCUUGCCUCCUCCCCUCCUCCUCCUCCCACUUUGAACCCCCUGUCAUAAUGGCUACCAAGAUUCCCGAGUCGAGUGACAUCCUGCGGGUCGAGCGGAUUGGCGUUCAUUCGCAUAUCCGCGGCCUCGGGCUCAAUGAGAAGCUCGAAGCCCGCGAGGAGGCCCAAGGCAUGGUUGGCCAGAAGAGCGCCCGCCGUGCUGCCGGGAUUUUCGUGAAGAUGGUCCAAGCUGGCCGUCACGCCGGGCGCGCCGUCCUGCUGGCCGGGCCGCCGGGUACCGGCAAGACAGCCCUCGCACUGGCCAUGGCCCAGACUCUGGGCCCCGAUGUGCCGUUCACCUCGCUCGUGGCCUCGGAGGUCUUUUCUUUGGAGAUGAGCAAGACCGAGGCCCUGAUGCAGGCCUUCCGCAAGUCCAUCGGUGUGCGCAUCCGCGAGGAGGUUGAGCUCAUUCGUGGUGAGGUGGUCGAGAUCCAGAUCGACCGCCCGGCCUCCGGCGUGGGCCCCAAGGUCGGGAAGAUCACCAUGAAGACGACCGACAUGGAGACCAUUUACGACCUCGGCUCCAAGAUGAUUGAUUCCCUGGCUCGCGAGAAGAUCAGCGCCGGUGACAUCAUCUCCAUCGACAAGUCCACCGGCAAGAUCACGAAGCUUGGGCGUUCGUACGCCCGGGCGCGUGACUUCUCGGUGUCCGGCACCGCCGGGCCCAAGUACAUGGCCUGCCCCGACGGGGAGCUCCAAACCCGCGAGACCGUGGUGCACAGUGUGAACCUGCAUGAGAUCGAUGUGAUCAACAGCCGCACGCAGGGGUUCCUGGCCCUCUUCUCCGGUGACACCGGUGAGAUCAAGCCCGAGGUGCGCGAGCAGAUCAACCAGCGCGUCGGCGACUGGCGCGAUGAGGGCAAGGCCGAGGUGGUGCCCGGUGUGCUCUUCAUCGAUGAGGUGCACAUGCUGGAUGUCGAGUGCUUCUCCUUCCUCAACCGGGCCCUGGAGUCGGAGCUGGCGCCGGUGGUGGUCAUGGCCACCAACCGCGGGGUGACGCAUGUCCGUGGGGCCGAGGAGGGGGCCGUCCUUUCGGCGCAUGGCAUCCCGCCGGAUCUGCUCGAGCGCCUGGUCAUCAUCCUGAUGCAGCCGCACUCGGAGGCGGAGCUGCGCGCGGUGCUGGCCCUGCGAGCCGAUGAGGAGGAGGUCGACAUGACCCCGGCGGCACUGGACGCGCUGACACGCAUUGCCGCCGACACCGGCAGUCUGCGCUACGCGGCACAGUUGAUUUCUACUGCCUCCUUUGCCGCGCGGCGGCGCGCAGCCGUCGGCCCGGUCGAUGUCCAGGACGUGGAGCGUGCUUAUGCCCUGUUCUCCGACCGGUCCCGCAGUGUCAGCUACCUUCAGCAGACCGGCGGCGCGGGCUUCCUGUGAGACGCGAGGCGGAGUGUGUGUGGUGUGUGAGUUUCUCUCUCUCUCUCUCUCUCU